AUGGAGCAACAGCGCAUCCGAAACUUUUGCAUCAUCGCCCAUAUCGACCACGGGAAAUCCACCCUGGCCGAUCGUUUUCUGGAAAUUACCGGCACGGUUCGGCCCGGCGAGAUGAAAGAGCAGUUUCUCGACCAGAUGGACCUGGAGCGCGAGCGGGGCAUUACCAUCAAGGGCAAGGCGGUGACCAUGAAACACCGCACCCCAGACGGUGUUGACUACCAACUGAACCUGAUCGAUACGCCGGGCCACGUUGAUUUCUCUUACGAGGUAUCGCGGGCGCUGGCUGCGUGCGAGGGCGCGUUGCUGGUGGUGGACGCGACCCAGGGUGUGGAGGCGCAGACUAUCGCCAACACGCUGCUCGCUCUGCAGUACGACAUGGAGAUGAUCCCGGUCAUCAACAAGGUUGACCUGCCUUCGGCCGAACCGGAGCGGGUGGCUGCCGAGAUGGAACAGUUUUUUGGGUUCCGCCGCGACGAGGUGAUGUUCGUGUCGGCGAAAUCCGGCAUUGGGAUGCAGGAGCUGCUGAACUGCAUUGUCGAGCGGGUGCCGGCGCCCAAAGGCGCUGCUGAUAAGCCGUUCCGCGCCCUGGUGUUUGACUCUACUUACGAUUCCUACAAGGGCAUCAUCGCCUACGUGCGGGUGGCCGACGGCAGCAUGUCGAAACACGACCGCCUGCAGGUCAUGUCAUCCGGCCGGUCGGUGGAGGUGAUUGAGGUUGGCGUGUUCUCUCCGGAACCCACGCCCAUCGAUGUCCUGAACGCCGGUCAGGUGGGGUACGUGGCCACGGGAUUCAAGGAUGUGCAGGAGUGUGCUGUCGGGGACACGCUGACCAACCAAAGCAAUCCGUCCACCGAGCCGCUGCCAGGGUACGUGGAGCUGAAAUCCAUGGUUUUUGCCGGUCUGUAUCCGGCGGAUGGCGAGGACUACACGCGUCUGCGCGCGGCGUUGGAGAAGCUGAAGCUGAAUGAUGCUUCACUUUCUAUCGAACCGGAAAACAGCGGGGCGCUUGGGUUCGGGUUCCGCUGCGGUUUUCUGGGUCUGAUGCACCUGGAAAUCGUGCAAGAACGGCUGGAACGGGAAUACGACCUGGCCCUGAUCGUAACUGCGCCCAGCGUGGCUUACGAGGUAUUGUUGACCAAUGGCGAAGUGAUGCGCGUGGACAAUCCGUCCCGUCUGCCGUCGCCCACCACCAUUUCGGAGAUCCGCGAACCCAUCCUGGGGAUUACCAUCGUUACGCCCAAUAGUUCGGGACUGGGCGACGCCGAGCAGGCGCGGGUCGUGAUGGAAUACACGAUGCCGCUGGCCGAGAUGCUGGCUGAUUUCUACAAUCAGCUGAAAUCACGCACGCAGGGAUAUGCGUCGCUGGACUACACCUUUGAGGGAUACCGGGCGGCGCCGCUGGUGCGGGUGGACAUUCUGGUGAACCAGACUCCGGUGGAGGCGCUGAGCAUAAUCAGCCACCGGGACAACGCGGUAGUCCACGGUCGCACGCUGGUGGAAAAACUCCGUUCCGCCAUCCCCAGGCAGAUGUUCGAGGUACCUAUCCAGGCGUCCAUCGGCACGCGCAUCGUGGCCCGCGAGACGGUGCGGGCGAUGCGGAAGGACGUGCUGGCGAAGUGCUACGGCGGCGACAUUACCCGCAAGCGCAAGCUGCUGGAAAAGCAGAAGGAAGGCAAGAAGCGCAUGAAGAUGGUGGGCCGGGUGGAAGUGCCCCAGGAAGCCUUUUUGAGUCUGCUGAAGAUAGGGGACGAGGGCUAG